AUGUCAAGUCUGAACUCUCUCUCACCAACAAUCGAACAAGUAGUCAACGAUUCUCAAGUGGAUUAUUAUAUACACAUGCCAAACCAAGGAUCCGCAUUGAGCACAAUGUCAUCAAACGCCAAUAAUUUCUACAUCAACUUACCAGCUCAUAAUUUACCAACCACAUCUAAUCGACCACAGCUGCCACCAUAUGCCCUUCCAUCCACGAAUAUCGCAUAUAGUAAUGAUAAUAAUCCCAAUCUCCUUCUAAUGGACAGUAACCACCCACAUUCACACAUCAACAACAUUGACAUGGAAGCACACCCACUGCAUGUCAUCGUGAGAGAAUUAUUGUCUCUACAUAAAUUCAUGCUUAUUGCUAUCUCCCGUGAUGAAUUCGGACAGGUCAAAACUAUCUUGACUCGUCUUCGUGAAAUCUUGAAUAGUGAUUUGUUGGUGGUCAACGCCGCUGAUGCUGGUGGUGACGCUGCUGUAUCUGGAAACAAUCAGAUGUCAGAGUCAACAAUCUUGUUGAAACGAAGCAUUGCGUAUCUGACUCAUGAGAUGGUCACCAUGUCUCGUCCGCAGCGUCUGGAGCAGUUGGUGACAGCUCGCGCUGCCGCUCCAGUCGUCACUCGUCCGAGUAGACGUAAUCGAGAGAUCCAGGAUCAAGAAGCAGAAAGAUACGAUGAAGGCGGUGGUGGUGAUCCAGACGCCACAGCCUCACCUUCUUCUGCUGGUCCUGCAUCCCCAAGUACCCAAACGUCAAAACGAUACACAACUCGCAAACUCAACAAGUCUGAAAGUGCUUUCGCCAAAGCAAUUGCUAAAUCUACUGGUAGAUCAGUGUCUGAUGAAGAAUCAGAUCUCAGUCCUGUAGAAUACGACGACGAUGGCCAUGAACACGACUAUGACGAACAAGACUUUCAAGAUGUCGCUAAACAUCCAAGUGAUGAUAGUGAUGAUUACCGUCCUACAAACUCUACUCGUGCUGUACGCUCUAGGCGAGGGACCUCGUAUGUCGCAUCUGGUAGUCAUCAACCAGUUGCAAAGAAACGUCGUGGUAGUAAUAGUAGUGGUGGUAGUCGUCCCAAGGCAAAGAAGAGUUUUGUUGGUGAUGGAAAUAGUGGGAUUGUCAAACGUCCAAAUCAUUCUGCUGAUGUCUCUCGAGUCUUGAAGGAAUGGCUAUUCAGUCACAAGGAGCACCCUUAUCCUUCCGACGAAGAGAAGGACAGGCUAUGUCAGCAAACUGGACUCUCAAUCACUCAAUGCAACAACUGGUUUAUCAAUGCUCGUCGAAGGCUCUUGCCUCCCAAAAACUCGUAA